AUGGAUGACCAUUUUUCACUGAAAGAGGCUGCACUGGUUUAUUUGGACAGAAGCGGUGGGCUUCGUAAACUCAUUGAAGACUGUAAACCAUUCAAAGAUACCCUGCAGUGUGAGGCAGUGUAUCGUUUUAGUUUUGAUGUCAAUCCCACUGAUGUUGUUGACCUGGAUGCUAGACUGGGAGACUGCGUACUACACGAUCCGUCCAAAGCCACUGCUCUUUUUCAGUCAGUUUGUUUUCUGUCAAUAAAGACUUUGUCACUCAUUGACCAAAUACACACAGAAAAUCAGGUCAAUGUCGUUCUGAAGCCAACUCACUUGCCUCCAUUUGCCAACUACUCUCUGGAUCUUUGUGAGUUCCCUCGUGGAUAUGGUCUGAUGCGGCCAAUGGCCAUGGAGGGCCUCGUAAUUGCAAUGACCCGUGUCACCAAAUACACACAGGGAGCCAGGUUCCUGUGUACAGAGGAGAACUGCCCUUGUUCCAGAGGGUAUCAUCACAUACGAAUACAUGCCCCAGGAGCCACAGAGUCUGCCACGGUUCGGAGCGACUUCAGCUGUUUCCUGUGCUCCUCUCCUCUCAAAGAGGAUGUGAAAUCCAGAGUGUUAGGCGAUAAGCAGCUGGUUGAACUCAUCCAUGUGAAAACACUGGACGUGUUGGGGUCACGCCCUGCUUCCUCCCUGAGAUAUCAGUCCAUCACACUAUUUCUGAGAGAUGAACUGUGUAACUCGAUGCGAAUCGGUCGGCUCUACAGAGUGGUUGGAAUUCCGGCACAUGUGCACCAGUGGCCCAACGUCACCUGGAGCGUCGAAGCUAGCUGUGUUCAGCCGUGGACUCCAGAACUUCCGUGCACGCUCAGUGAAAAUUUCCAGGCCUUACUGGCUGCCACCGCCGGCUUCCCCUGGAGGUUCUCGGCCAUCGUGGCAAACUCUUUUGGAUCUUCAGUGGUCCCACCGGGCCUGUACGCGACAUUGAAGCUUGGCCUGUUGCUUAGCCUGGUGCAGACAGAGGAAGAUCCAGACUCACACAAUCAUCUGGAUGUUCUCGCCCUCACGAGUGAAACUCUGAUUCUGGACAGGCUGAUGACGUACAGCCUUGGACUGGCUUCGCGUGGGGUACGUCACCCGGUCACAGGGGAGCUGUUUGUGACCCUGUCCAGGGACGAGCAUGGGGCGGGGACUGCCAACAUUCACGCUGGCUCUGCGCUCUUAGCCACAGGGGGGGUGUGCCUGCUGGGGGACCUGGCCUGUUACAGGAAAGACAAGCUAGACAUGCUCCAGCCAGGUACACCACCCACACCCAAUAGAACAGUGUCUGUGUUCAUCCCUGGGAAGAAGUAUGGGGAGGAUGCAAAUCAACAGCUCUCCUUCCCCCUCCAGUGUAACUUCUGGGCUCUGGCUGAUACUGCAGCUAAUUCGAAAAAAUCUGUCAAAUGUGACAGUGCAUUGCUGGGAUCUGUGGACAUGGGCUCAGUUCCCUCCCAGGUCGCUGAGGCUUUUGGCCUCGUUAUCCAGUGUCGAGAGAGACAGGGUGACCAACCUUUCCUGCCCCUUGCAGUGCACACACUCAGGCAGUCUACCCAACCUGGAGAACCCCUGUAUCCAGCCUGCAUGCAAUUCACCAGCCAGGAUUACAAGGAGCUGCUGGCCUGUGCUCGUAGCCUGAGGGUGGAGAUGAGCCCCGAGGCUGAGACGAUGAUCCACGGCUACUACAUGGCGAGCAGGAAAGUGCGCUCUGACUUGUCACAAAGCUCCUCUGUCUCUGCCGCCUCCAUUAAACUACUUGUAGCCCUGGCCGAGGCUCACUGUAAACUCAGUCUGAGGCCUCGUGUUCUGGAGCAGGAUGCCGUCAUAGCAGUUCUGCUGUGCGAGAACUCCAUCACUCUGAAACACGGGGGCUCAGUGCUUGUUAUCCCACCCGACGCUGCGUUUCCCUGUGAUCUCCGUGACCUGGACUCCCUGCACAGGCGAGACCUGACCUUGGAACAGCUCCACCAGCAGAUCCUACGCUUUGUGUACACCUAUGCACCAGGAGCAGCAAACUACAUCACAGAGGAGUAG